AGUCCACAAAAUGUUUAAAAGUUUUAUAGAUGGGGAUGAAAGGACAUAUAGACUAUUCAAAAUGAAAGAUGACGAUUUACCAAAUCGUUUUCAGGAUAUAAAAAAACUUCAGUACCCAGUCUUUAUUACCGAUAAACAUUUUUUGUUAAUGCUUGAUGCUACAUUAGGGCCUCCAUACUAUUUUGAUAGACAUAUUGACGGGAGUUUAAAGUCUGAAAUAGAAGGAUGGACGGACAAUGAUGAUAUGCAAACAAUUCUAGAUGAUGAAUUUGAUAACGAGUAUAGUGAUGAAAGUGAUAGUGACGAAGAGGAAGAAGAGUUGGAUCUACAUAUAACUCUCGGUGAAAACAAGAGAACUCGUAUGAAGAAAAUUGAUCCGAGGCGAGAAGUGACCUAUGAGGUAUUCGAAGAUAUAAUUUGGCCUCGCAUUAUUGGAAAAUUUAAAAAGUAUAAAGGGAAAUAUCAUCCGUCAUUAGUUUGGACAGAAAUAAUGUCUAUUAUCAAAGGGUCUUAUGAGGCAAUUUAUGACGGAGGAUUUUUGAAUAAGAAUAGAUAUUUUGAAAUAGGAAAGAAACAAGCACCUGCUUUCAUCGAUGAGAGAGAAAUACUUUACAAUUUUUUUCUUGAGUAUGAACAUAUUCGACAAAACAGACAAAUGUUCGAUCAAACAGAUCUAGUCCGAAAUUUGUAUCAAAGAUUUCGCAAGCAAAAAAAUCCAAAAUGGAAAGUGAAUGAAAUAUAUGUUGAUGAAGCUCAGGACUUUGCCCAGGCUGAACUGUUUCUACUUAUCAAACUUUGUGAAAGUCCACAUGGUAUGUUUGUGACUGGCGACACAGCUCAAAGUAUCAUGAAGGGAAUAUCCUUCCGGUUUAAAGAUCUAGUCAGUCUUUUCCACUACGCCAGUAAGGACUUAUCAGUUAAAACUAUCGGCGUUUCUGUUCAACCAGAUCGUAUAUAUGAGCUUCCUCACAACUAUAGGUCACAUUCAGGAAUUACAGCUUUGGCCACAAGCGUACUUGACAUACUAAAGGACUUGUUUCCCGAUUCCUUUGACAGUCUUCCGAAUGAUCAGUGUCUUUUUAAAGGACCAAAACCAGUUCUUCUUGAGACUGUUUCCUCUAAUUGGCUAAGUCUCAUAUUGUGUGAAAACCAUAGAGAAACAUCGAAAAUUGAAUUUGGUGCACAUCAAGCGAUUUUAGUGGUUAAUGAUAAAGCACGUAACAACAUUCCAGAUGAAAUGAAAAGUGGACUUGUUCUUACAUUAUACGAAGCAAAAGGAUUAGAAUUUGAUGAUGUUUUGCUUUACAACAUAUUCACCGAUUCAGAGGCUACAAAGGAAUGGAGGGUUGUUUUAUCGUUUCUCGAAAAGCUUGUACAGAAAGACUCGCAGAAUGAAACAAAACCAACUUUGCAAAUUUCAGCAGAUUUACGAUCUUUGCCUUUUAAUCCGAAACAACACAAAGUAUUAAAUUCUGAAUUAAAGCAGCUAUACACAGCAAUUACAAGAGCCAGGCAAAAUGUUUGGAUAUUUGAUGAAGACAAGGAACAAAGGAGGCCAAUAUUCGAAUACUUCAAGGCUCUUAAUCUUGUUGAUGUUGUUGCAGAAGAUAAGGAAGUGAAAUCUUUUACAAGAAAGUCUACACCAAGAGAAUGGAUUGAUAAAGGAGAAGAAUUCAUGAAAGUGAAGAUGUAUACUCAGGCUGCACAAUGUUUUAAUACUGCAGGCGAUUCAAGAAAGGAGUCCAUAGCACAUGCGUAUCAACAUUACAGAAUUGCUAGCCUUCAAUCUCAAAAUAGUCCCCGUAGGAAAAGCGAACUUUAUCAAGCAACUUUAAAAUUUUUAGAAGCAAGAAAAACCAAGGAGGCCGCAAAAUGUCUAGAAAUGGCAAAACAUUUUGAUCUAGCCGCACAAUUAUAUGAAAAAAGACAACAGUUUGAAAAAGCAGCUGAAAUGUAUAGAAGAACAAAUAAACCACUGGCAAGUUGCGAAUAUUACGAACUUGCUGGACGUUUCGAAAAAUCCAUUGAUGUACUUCUUGAAAACAAACAGUUUGAAAAAGCUAUUCAUUCAUUAAACAAAUAUCAAAAAACGAUACAGGAAAACCCUGACCCGGAAAAACCAAAACUACGUGAUAAUCAAACUGAGGACCAAAUAAAUAGAAAUGCAGCUGAGUAUUAUCAUACACAAAAAGACCGCAACGAAAUGAAAAAAGCUUUGAAUAGAAUUCGUGAUAUUCCUUUCAGGGUGAAGUUCCUGAAAAAAAGAUUCGAUGGUGAAAAUGAUUAUAUAAAGCUUGCAGCAUCUAUUUAUUUGGAAAAUGGACAGACAAGAAAAGCGGCUAGUCUAUAUGUUGACUACGGUUAUACACAGGAAGCACUUCCGUUGUUUAGAAAAGACAAAGAAACAUAUAUGAUAGGCAGAUGUUUAUAUUUAGAUUCUCUCAUAAACAUUUCCAUUAGACCUGAUGGAAGUGCUAUAUGUACUUACAGUACGAGUCUGAAGGAGAUGACAGUACAGUUAGAAGAAGCAAUUAAUUACUUCAAUAAAUGCCGAAACAAGUACAGGGACCGGAAAUGCAAUUAUGGAGAAAUAACUGACGAUAUCGGUAAAUCAAACAUGCUUCUUGCAAGGCUAACUGGCCAGCAAAGAUUUAUUGGAACUGCUUUCAAUUGCUUUGUCAAAAGAAAGCCGCAUUCAAAUGAAGUAGGAAAAUUGGAGUGUCUUAGUUGGAUGAUCAAUAAUUCCAACUUAAAAAUAGACUCCAACUUAUCCAAAGUUGUGAUAGGAAUGGAAAACUUCUUUAAAAUCUUUUCAAUCUUAGUCCCAUCAAAACCUUCAACAAAUUUCACAGAACGGAUAAAGGAUCAGUUUUUGAGGGAUUAUGGAAUAGAAACUGAAAUAGGGACUUCUUUUUACAACCCUAUUUACAAACCUCGUAUUCUUGAAGUUCUGAUAAAUGUUCGAGAUUCAAUAACUCGCAAAACUGUUAAAACAGUAGUUGAUGAUAUACCUGCUAUUCAUGAAAUGAUUGUUGGAGACCUUUUAACAAAAUGCAAAGUAUGGUUUUGUAGAAUAAGAAAAACAAUUGAGGAAGAACGACAAAAACUGAAAACAUUGUCUAAACCGACUGUAAAAUCACAAAACUUUAGAGAUAGGUCUCCGAAAGUCAGUAUACCUAAAGUUUCUUUCACUCAUAGUGAAUUUUUGCAGCUCAUUCGUUUGGACAUGCACAAUGUUAAGCUGGAACAAAUUUUAAAUGAGUGUAAUACAAAGCUAGAUCUGAACAGGGAGCAAAACCUUAUUUUGAAUCAGUCUGAACAAAGAAGUUUUCAAUUUUUCAAAUGCAGAAGACUAAUGGAAGAUUUGAUUCAUACUGUACCGCAUAUCAGUAAUACAAAAUCAGACUUGUUCGAAACCUUGAAUGAUGUACGAUCCCAAAUGGAAAUUUACUUUAAAUUGGAAUUGGAAUCUUCUAAAAAGAGACAGAAAAGUGUCGCUCGAAUGUUCGAAUUAAUUUUCUUCAAAAAGAUAUUUGGUCUUCAACAGAAUGUGAAUGACAGUCUGACAAAUCUCGAGAGUACAGUCUUGCAGGAGAGGAAGAAAAAUACUUUAAGUCGACAGAAAGCUUAUAGUUGUGGCUUCAUCUCAAAAACAAAUGUACAAUAUCCAUUUGCGUUGUCCGUUGUUCGUUCUUUUAAGGAAAGUCUUGAUUGUUUAAAGUUUCACCACAAUCCAUCCAAAGCCUUGAAAAAGUUUAGUAUUUUUAUUGGGAGGAUGAAUAUACAACAAACAGAGGAAACAAUACCAGAAUUGACAUUACUUUUAAUAUGGGUUAGAUAUUUCACUUUAGUUGGUCUUAGUAUGCAAUCGAAAUUUUGCGGAAAGAAAUGUAAUUUUGUUAUUCCAUCGUCAUAUAUCAUUACUUCAAAAUUCGUCGAGCGAAGUGUUUUUCAUUCAAAAACAUGGACAACUGAAGCAAUAAUUUGCGCAUGCAAAGUAGUGUCAAUAAGUGGCGAUAUAUCAGUUCUUUUAGAAAAAAAUAUCGAGAUAUUGGCCGGAAUUAGAGGAAAUAUCAAUAUCAUAAGUAUAGUUUUUAGACGUCUUGAUGAAUAUCUCCAAUUACAGAAUUCGUCCGAACAAUUAAUGAAAGACGAUGAAGCUCUGUCGUCAAUAAUUGACAUGGCUGAAGAUGUUAUAUCAUUGAGUAUGGUAUACAUCAUUAAUAUGGGAGAAAGCAUGUCAUACAACCUGGAACCAUUUCUUCUUAAGGAAUUUGCGCUUUUAAGAUGUAAUGAAAAAUAUCCCAAAAACAUUUCUGAAGCUAUACAUGGAAUACAGACUUCCUCUGGCAUAGCAGAUAUCUGCAUUUGUGUAAACAAUUUUUUAAAGCAAAAAGGGGAUAGCUUGAUAAAAUAUGCAUGGGAUAAUCAAAAGAAAUGUAUUUCAAAAGAACAAAUUGAGUCUGUAUUUAAUACUAGAGGGAGUUUUUUCCUUCCACAAACUAUAAGAAUUUUAUCAGAUCCCACUUUGUCUGCUAGAGAGACAAACGAAGAAAUCCAAACAAUACAACCAGAAAUUGAAAUCGACGAGGAAGAAAUCAGAACAGUUCGUGAAGUUCAUCUUACUGUUGAAAAGAAAAAAAAUGAACAUUUCAGUUUGCAGUCAUUGCAGGCUAAGGAAAACCUUCAUUCUAAAGUUAAUGUUGGGUAUGACGAAUUUUUAGAGGAUCCCUUGUUUUCUAUCGUAUCUGUAAAUGAAGCAGUCUGUGAUGUUUGUGGCUGUACUUUUGAAGGUAUCGGUGACGACGAGGCAGGAGACGGUGCUGGAAUAAAUACAAAUCUUGAGCGUGUUCCUGACAGUCCUUCAUCAUCAACAGUAUCAGUGAGUUUGAAAUCAGUAGCAAGGUCUCUGUCUUCCACAACGGAGGAACAUUUACCAGAAGCAACAUCAGCAAAAGCUCAAUCUCGCAUACUGAAUGAACAACUUGUCGAUUUCACUUCAAGUCAUUCCCUUCGAAAUAUGUCACAGAGAUCAAUUUCGUUGGAAUCAGAGGAGAAUAAACAUUUUGUAAGGUCUUUGUCAUCGACCUCUGAUGAUCAAGCACAAUUGACAUUGCAAUCAUUCGAAGAACAUGCCGUAUCCCUUUCUCAUGAGACAAAAAUGAAUGAGGUACAGAUAUUUUAUGAAGAUUAUAAGAAGUAUAUAAAACCCGGUCUAGAAAAAGUUCGUCUGUUCAUAACAAAAUACGAAUUGUCUUCCGGCGAUAUAAGUGAAAGGUAUGGGGAAGAUGAAAUCAGAAUAAGCGAACUGCUUACACGUUUUGAGGAAUGUAACACAGAUUUAUCUGAUAUGAUAAAAUCAAAACAAUGGAAGACAACAAAAGCUGUAAAGAAAAAGUUGCAACAACUUGUACAGCUUAAAUCUAAAUUAAGAGACAGCGUGAAAGAAUUAUCCAGUGUAAAGCUUAAGACCGAUAUUGCGGAACCACACAACGAUAUAGUUGAAUUAGAAUACAAACCGCAGAACGAAAAGAAAAAACGAAGAAAUGAAGGGAGAGGAAAGAAGGAUUCGCGCAAAUUUGACGUGAAUGUUGUUUAGUACUCUUCAAGGUCAUAUAAAAUGAUGACCGAUUUAGUCUUUUGUCAAACUGUGAAAUGAACUUUAUGUGAAGGAUACAUCAUACAGAUCCAGGCGCCGCGAUAUUUUUAAUUUUAUGAAUACUAGUUUAUAAUCUUUCUUUUUUAUUACUUAGUGUUCAUGACAUGUAAUAUGAGAGAGGUCUUUUUGUAUAAUCAUGGUAGUCAGUCAUUUAGUAUUGUUUUUCCACUGCAAAUGAUGCCACUGAAGUGGAGGUUUAAGUAUAUCAUUAACAAGUUGUACAUAUCUUAAUAUUCAGAGGAUAAUAUAGGCUUAUAUCAAUUUCAAACUUUUGGAUUUUGCUGCUUUGUUUCGUUUGAAAGUUUACUUUUCUUGUACCUUCAAUAUUUGGUUUCUUUGACACUUCAACAUUCAAAAUUUCUCUUCGAGGAUCUUUUUGGAUUAUACAUCAUUUAGAAAAUAGAUAAAAUUUGGGAGACUUAAGGUUUGUAAAUACUUGAAAAGCUUUAUAAACAUACAAAAACAGAACCAUAUUAAGUAUUCUUUGUAACCGGAUGUUAUGAAUAAAGUUUUUUUGUAAAAUUUACAUAAAUUAUCUGUUAAUAAUUAUUAUAUAGGUUAUAAAUCGUGGUUAAUGACAACAAGGCAGCCAAAACUAAGUUACACACUUCACAUUUUGUAUUUGCACCACAUAUUCACUCUGUGUGUCCGAUAUGUUGACAGUUGACGGUAUUAUCGGACGUCUGACUUUUAUCAUGUUUACUAUUGGCUAUAUAUGUUUACACAAUUGCAGUUAGUAGGGUAUAGAUAAUUACAAUAUACACAUUUCCACAUAAAAAAACAUCUUUUGCAUUUUGUUAAAUUCAGUCAGCCAGCACCUGUGCUUUAUUUACACUUCAAAAUAAAAAUAAGGAGAUGUGGUAUGAUUGCCAAUGAGACAACUAUCCACCAAAGUUCAAAUGAAAUGGAUUUGAGCAAUUAUAGGCAACAGUACGGCCUUUAACAAUGAGAAAACCCCAUACCGUAUAGUCGGCUAUAAAAGUCCCCGACAUGAAAAAUAUGAAAUAAUUCAAUUGAGAAAACUAACGGCUUAAUUUAUAACAAAACAAUUUACGAAAAACAAAGUCCAUUUAUUUAUUACACGUGCGCUUAUAAAUAUGUAAUUAACUUCCCGUUCGGUUGUUCAAAGUGGGAGACCAAUUUAUAUCAGUUAAAUAAAGCAUACACAUAGAUGUGUACUUUGAUAAUUCAAUUUUUGACAAUCGUAUGUUUUAAAUAACAACUCUAAACUGAUGAAUAGUUACACGUUAUAAAUAAUUACUGCCCUUUCCAUAAAAGGUUUUGAAAUUAAUUGAAAUCAGGAUGUGCUUACCUUUCCAGAGCACAUGAGAUUACCCCAGUCUUUCAUGGUGUUCGUGUUGCUCAGUUUUUAGUUUUCUAACAGUGAUGUCGUUAUCUCUUCGACUAAUGAGCUUUAAAUGUUCUCAUGGUAUCUUCUACCUCUUUUUUUUAUUUUCAUUUUGAUUACUAACUAUCCAAUUCAGAUUUUUCGAAAACAUUAUAAAACAUUAUGCACAUGUUUUGCGUAUUCCAUUAUGCUUAGGGUAUGAUUAAUGGUGUCUGAGCAUCAAAUUAUCACACAAAAUAAAAUACGACUCUUGAUUAAAAUGUCACAAGAACAAAGUCAAAAGUCAAAACAACUAUGAAUAGACACACAUUUGAGAACAUUUUUAGUUUCCGAAUGAAAUCUAGAAUCGUGUCCCUAAUUUGUUCUAUACUUAGAUUAAUGAUAUUGUCACUUUUGUCAAUGCGUCCUGUUCCCUUUUAAAAUCAUUUUUUGACCUUGAAUUUUGACCUGAGAUCAAAUUCUAUUUUCUGGCUUAAAUUCAUGUUUGAGCAAUAAACCUUGGUUAUCGUCAUAUCAUAUUCGGUCUGCAAUUGUAUGACCUUAGGUUGAUAUUUUUCAUUCCUUUUAACCUGAGGAUAAAAUAUAUAUGUCAUUGCGCGCCUUUCAUGAAAACCAGUUGGCAGCAUAAUUUAAUAUGCAUACUUACCUUGCUUUUCAAACAUCAUGUCCUUGGACCAACCAGAAGAUAUUAAUUCCUAAGCCACGUGUUGAGUGCACCAAAACUAAUAAAUUUAUACUAUAUCAUUAUCAUUGUAUUCGUCAUUGGUCUAAUUCAUUGUCAUCACAACCGAUAUCAAACCAGUUGACUGCAUGAAAGAAUUGUCGCUCAUUUUAGCAUGUCUUGCAUUUUAACAUGUAAUUGAUUUUAAUACUCAAAACUAUCAUAAAUGAUGACAAGUAUAUACAAAAUUAUAGAUUGUAUGGUGAUCGAUACUUAAUAAUUUGAAUACAAGGAGACGUGGUAUAACACUAUUCAUAAAGAGACUAAAAGACGUUAAUAUUAGCAACUAUGGAUGUAACAUGUGUAAUAUAUGACACCAGACAUUGCAAAGUAACAAAUUUUAAAUAGGAAUGUUUUGAAUUUGCGCGAAGUCAGACUGGAGUUUGUUAUAUUUUUGAAUAUUUGUUUUAAAUAGAUCAUGUUCGACAGCUACUUUUGCUUGCUACAAACAUGGAAGUACUCUCUUGUCAAUAUAAUACUCCGAUGCAUGCGGGAAAGAAAAUCAAUUAAGAUUCAAUCAGAUUCAUUGGUGUUUUCUUAUCGUCCAGUGACGUACCGGAAAGUUUUAAGAUAACAUCACAAGAUGCAUUGCUUAAAUUCGCUAUUGUCCAUUUGGCUGAUAUAAGCUUUAACUUAAGUAUUAAUUGAUACAAUGGAAUUUAACAAAGACCUCAAAUUACGUUUAAAGUAAUAUACGUUUUAUGUGGGUUUUUUUUAACGUAAUCUUAUACAUACAUUCGUAAUGUACUUUUAAUGUGUUUUUCAUGUAACAAUUUUCUUUUAUGUUAUUUUAGUGUUAAUGUGAACAACAUUAAUUGUAAUAGCCACUGGCUUUGUAUUUUUUUCUGUUGAAAAUCCUAAUAAAUUUAUCAAUCAUAUUUUUACUUGAUGUUAUGUUUAGAAUUUCAUUUAAAAAUUACCAAUGAAUUCAUUCGCAACUUGUAAAGAAUUGGGGUGAUCAAGAGCGUGUUAAUAUAGUAUAGAAUCUAG